CGGAAAUAUGAACGCUGUGUUGUAGUCGCCGUGUGCGGGAAGGGCGUCUGUUUUGCAGUGAGUGUGGAGUGAGUGGGCAGGGCAGCCGGAGGCUUUGUGGCAGUGACAUGACGGUGAUUUUUGGAUGAGUGAUCUCACAGCGCGCAUCACAGCGAAGGUGGGCUGGUGUGGGACGCUGCUGCCUUCAGGUGCUCCUCGGAAACUCGUCCUUUCUCGAAGUCAUGGCGGAGUUAGACCUGAGUCUAAGCGACGCGCUGACAGACAGCGCUCCCCAGCCGGGCCCGGAGAGCCUGGUGGAGCGAGACUUUGUGGCUCAGCUGGAGGCAGAGCCCUUUGACGAUCAGGUCGGGGAGACGGUGGGAAAGACAGACUACAUCCCCCUGCUGGACAACGAUGACACUAGGGCAGACACGGGUACUGCGUUGGAGAAUGGAGAGCAGGAAGCUCAUGGGGCACAAAAGCCUGGUUGUAAGCUGACCUCGGGGGGACAGACAUCAGCAUCACGCCUGGAGCCGCAGGGAGAGGUGCGGCCACUCUCACUUGACCAGAAGCAGGCCUUGGCUACAGACUUCUUAUCAGCCCCCAUGGCAGGUUAUUCAGAUCCUCUGGGUUCUCAGACCAGCCCUGCCCAAAUGAUGGAUACUGGCCUGAUGGGAGCUUUCUCAGGUUUCUCCCAACCUGGAGGGAUGGGUGUCAAUGUGGAGGUGGGAACUGCACUCCUCCAAGUAGAGAGACCCCCAAUUAUAGCGGAGCCCCAGCAUCCUACACCCCCAGCAGGGUUAGGCACCCCUAAAGAGCACAGUCCCAUGCUGCCCGAACCUCAGGUUCCUCGCAGCCCUGUAGAACUGUCCGCAGGUGCCUUAGGUGACUACUGGCCAGACCAGGCCGACGGCCUACCAACAGACCUCCCUUUCACCCCCAGCGUGUCCACGGUGAUCAGUCGCCAUGCAGGCCAUCUUGCAGCCAGCCCCGAUGACCCACCUGACAGCUGGCCUAGCCGAGAGAGUACCGCCUAUGCGGGAGGUGAUGAAAGGGAAGGAGAUGGAUCAGACCGAAAACAGAAGAAGAAGAAGAAAAGGCGACAGAAAGAUGAUGGAUCUUAUGAAAACUUUGAGAGCAGGUGUCAUCCAGAGAUGCAAGCACAGGGAGAAAACACUCCCCCAGCAGAGGGAUUCUACCACAGGAUUGGCCCAAGGCGGGAUAGAGGAGAAGGUGGCUGGGAGGAGCAGCUUGGGAAGAGUGGAGGCCGGGGGAAGAAGGGGAAGAGCAGGAAGAAGCUUCCAGAGGAGUGGGGAGUGAAGCCGGAACCAUUUGUUUCUUCGUCUGCAAUGACAUCUCAGAUCACAGACGAGGUGAUAAUGGAUAUAGGAAGUUCCGCUCAGACAAACCUUGGAGCCUCGUUCAAAGAACUGGACACCAGCCAGAACCCCUGGAAAAAGGAGGUCUACCCAGAAGAAGGUCUGGCUCCUGCCCCUUUGUCCCAAGACCUAUUCUCCCCAACAACUGCUUCCAUUAGCCCACUGGUCCUGAACAGUGAGCUGAAAGCCACAGCGGCUCCGUUCACUAUGCCCUCCACCACCAACAAUGCAACACUUGGUUCCUUCCCCAUGGCUUCUCACCCUGGUGAACCCUUUGAUCUCCUGAUGGAUACCAAAAAUGCCAGCUUGGGCAACAGCAGCCACGCCUUUUCUCCACCUUUCUCUCCAGAGAAUGAAGCGUCAGGUGGCGACAUGGUUGACAGUGGGAUGUUUGACAACACCAGUUCCCUCCAAGAGUCUUGUGUGCAUAGCAUGCCUGAGGCAGACACCUCGGCUUUCAGCCCUGCCUUGCAGCCAAGCCCCACCCUUUCACCGAAAGGUGAGGUGUUGGCCUCAGCUCCACCUCUUUCCCCUUCAGAUGCUUCAUGGCUCCUGAACGACUCACACAUUAGCAGCAACAGCGAGCUUUUUGACUUCAGUGACAUGAGCAGUUCAGGUCAUCCUUUACUCUUAGGUUUGUCUUUUGACACCCCAAGCCCAGCACCUCUCCGCUCCCCCAAAACCACAGCGCAGGAAUUCCAACCGAAAGAGCACAAAGAUGACAAAUCGUCCCAGAAACAAUCCAAGAAGUCUCGUUCUUCAUCUUCUUCAUCCUCUGUAAAGAGUCCCACCUCUCCAGGAGCUAAGAAGUUCCCUCCACAGGCAGCCCCUGUCAUCAGCCCCUCUUCCCCUCCAUCGGCCACCCCUCUGGGAGUUCCAGGAUCUGGUCUUAACCCUGCAGCUAAGCCCUUCUUUCCCAGCUUUGCUGAUACCAUGGAAGAACCAGCUGUGGUCCCUCCACUUGCCCCCACCGUCGAAGUAAAGUCCGACAAGAUGGAGAAAGCAGAGAAGAAGGAGGAGAAGCUGGAGGAUAAUGUAAAGAAGGUUGACCUGUUUGAACCUCUGGAAAAAGCUGAGCAGAAGAGUGUGAAGGUUGAAUACGCAAGCAGUGAGACUCCAGCUAAGUUGGAGAAAGAAACGGAGAAGGAAAAGCAGAAAGAGGAUAAAGAAGCAGAAAAGGUAAAAGAGGAGAAAGAAAAAGAGGCAGAAAAGGUGAAAGAGAAUGAGGGAGUACAUUUUAAAGAGGAGAAAGUGACAGACACAGUGAAGGAGACAGAUAAACAGCCAGAAAACGUUGAAGAGAUAAAGAAGGAGACAGAAAUGGGGAAAGAAAAAGAGAAAGAGACAGAGAAAUUGGAGUCAAUACAGCAAAAGGCAGAAAAAGAGGAUACAAUGAACAAGGCAGAAGAAUCACCAGAUAUACAGGUGAAGACAGACAAAGUGGACACGACAGAGAAAGUAGAAAAAGUGGGGAUGACAGACAAAGAAGAAACCAAAACUGAGAAAACGGAGUAUAUGGAAAAGAUGGACAAAAAUGACAAGUCCAAAGUGGAAGAAAAAACAGAGAACAAAAAUAUUGAGAAACUUGAGAAAACUGAGAUGAAAGAUGGCAAAGAGCAGCACAUUGACAAAGUGGAGAAGACCCCAGAGCAACAGCUGACACCCGUCAAGCCCGACACCAGUUACGACGAGCUGGAGGAGAAGGCUGAGACAGAGACAAAGGUGACAGCAGAGGUGGAAGAAACCAAGAAAGAAGACUCUGACACAGACAAAGCCAAGAAGACAGAGAAAGAGGACGAGGUGGAGAAACCGUCUGAGAAGCCUGCAGAAAAACCAACGGAGAAGAGCGAAAAGGAAGAGAAGCAGGAUAAAAUACAGGCUGAAAAAAAGACUGUUCAGAAAAAGGAUGACAAGAAGGACAAAGCAGCAAAAGCGGAUGGAGGAGAGAAGGCCAGAAAGGCGACACCCAGCAAAGACCUGGCAAGUGCAGACAAGAAGACCAAGCCUGCUGCCGGGGUGACCAAACCAAGCACCGCUGCCAAAAUGCGGCCAAGCUCUGCGGCUGCUAGUGGUGGUCCACCCGCAGCCCCUACUAAGCGCCCCACACCCCCCUCCACCACCUCCACCUCAGACAAAAAAACAACCACAGCAAAGGCACCAUCCACAACCACUGCUGGCCCAAAGCGGCCCUCCACCACUUCUACCAGCCGCCCCUCGUCAUCAACCACAACCACUACUCGUGAUGUCAAACCCAAGACAACUACAGAGAAGCGCCCACCUGUGCCAAAGGCGAACACCGCCUCCUCGAAUCAAACAGGCUCCGCCGCUGCCACCAAAAAUGGAACUGCUACCACAGCAGCCAAUAAAACCCCUACAUCAGCGCGCACAACUCCAUCUACUCGCACUACUACCGCCACCGCAGCCAAAAAGCCCCUGGCCACUAAGACAGACGGCAAACCAGGAGAGGAGAAGAAGCCCAGCACCCUGAAGACUUCUGCAGCCGACUCUACCAAGCCCAAGACCACCACCAUUCGCAGCACUGGUUCCACCACCACUGCCUCUCGCGCUCGAACUACGGCAACCAAACCGGCCACACCCUCCUCCACCUCUGGCACAGUACCAGAGAAGAAGCCCCCGGUGCCCCGCGCCCCCCGGGCUGCUUCCUCAACCACAACUACCACCACAACCUCCACCUCGAGGACCCCUGCUCGCCCCGGCACAGCACUAGCCCCUGACAUCCGCAAUGCCCGCUCUAAGAUUGGCUCUACAGACAACAUGAAGCACCAGCCUGGAGGAGGGAAGGUGUCCUCUGCCUCUCAGAACAGGAGUGUCACCUCCAAAGAAACGAGCCAGGGCAAAGUUCAGAUAGUCUCCAAAAAGCUGGACUUCAGCCACGUCACCUCACGCUUGGGCUCCAAGGACAAUAUGAAGCAUGUUCCUGGUGGAGGGAAUGUGCAGAUACUCAACAAGAAGGUUGAUUUGAGUAAGGUGACAUCAAAGUGCGGCUCCAAGGACAACAUCAAACACAAGCCUGGUGGUGGGGACGUGAAGAUUGAGUCCCACAAAGUGAACUUUAGAGUAAAGGCUCAGUCGAAAGUGGGCUCCAUGGACAAUGUGAGCCAUUCACCUGGCGGAGGAAACAUCAAGGCUGAGGGGGCCCAGGAGACAACAGAGGGGAAUGGGACUCCCCUGAUUGGCACCUCGGCCCCAGCCCCAGGCUGCGAGCCAGGGCAGGCUGGGAGCCCUGCUGCCCAAGAGAAUGGGCUGAAGGAAGGGGCUCCCUGUGAUAGUGAGAGCCUCUGCGAGCCCCAGGCUCUGGACUCAAGCAUCCCCGAGACAAGCAUCUAAUUCUGCUAUCCCUCUGCCCUCCUCAUCUCAACCUCCCUAAAACAUCAUCUCCUAUCCGUCCCCAUCUUCUCCUGUCUAUAUUUCCUUUAUCCAAUAUCUCCUCCCCCUCCUCUCUCCCGCUCUUCUUUCCAACCUUUCUGCUGCAGAUUGAAUCUUUCAAGCUCAACUUCCGCGUGAAUGCUCGCUCUCGCACGGACCAUGGCGCCGACAUCAUCACCUGGCCAGCCCCCCAGGACAACAACAGACCCCACCCCCAUGGUUCCUCUUAUUCUCUACACAACCACCAAAACCACCACCCCACUCCACGCAGUGUCUCCCUCUUUGAAUCGUUGGCUUCUGCAGGCUGUGACAGCUCACCCUCCGCCCCCUCCUUGCUGCAUCUUCAGGUGGAAGUCCAGGGGGACAACAGCAGCUCCUUAAUGGGAUCUUGACCUUUCUUGCCCCCAUCAAGCUCUGAAAACCCCUCUUAUCUUAAAUCUGUUAUUGCAAAGUUUUGACCUGUCUACUAGUUCUGCCACUCUAGUUUCAACUUCAUGCCUCUUCUCUCACAUCAUCGUGUGCCAUCACCCUCAUCGUUGCCACCCCCACCCUUCUAUAUUUGGCUGAAGUGACUGUAUAGACUAAGCUUGGGCCUUGGUGAGAAUUUAUCUGAAGGGAAAUUAGGGGACAGCAAGGUUUCCUCACACAUUUGGUUACUUCUUCUUCGAGGUGGCCCAACCGGAAUCAUUGGGUUUCACUCGGAUCGUCUUUACCCACAGCCUAGUGGUGGACUAUACUCUCACACACCCUGCAUCACCUCUUCUCCACAGCCCAAACAACAGCAGCAAUCAGUUUAUUUGUCACCUGAGCAGCAUGGAAACCCUUUUGGACUCAUCUAUGGCUUCUGUCACACACAUAGCUUCUCUUUUCCUCGUGUCUGUAGGGGGUGUUUGUUCCCAGUAACCACUUAUUCUCUGCUAGCAUCAUAGUAAUUCAUUGUUCAUCUUCAUCAUCACUUCCUCUUUCGUCACCAUCACUUAAACAAGCUGAUGAACAAAAAAGCUAGACAACAAGUAGGUUGGAACCAUUUUAGGCUGUUUAACUCUUUAUUCUCUGUGUUUGUGAUAAUGUGUUUGAGUGACAAUUUGUGUAAAAAUGAGCUUUGGUGUUUUGUUUAGAUCUUAUUUUCUGUCGUCCUUUGAUCUUUCUUCUUCUUUCCUCCUAGUUUUAGUUUUUAAAACAGGUUACCGUUUAUUUAUUGUAUGUUUCUUCCUGUAUAAGCAAUACAGCGGGUUGUCUUUUUUUUCCGAUAGCACUCAGAAAAUCUUGGAAACACGCACAGGAUUUUUUGUAAACCAAGACACAGCGAAGAAAAAGAUGACAUUCAGAGGGAGGAAGAAAGUGAGAAGAGAGGUGUUGCUAGAAGGGUGAAAUAGAAGCCUCUGAGGUGUGUUUUACAUUUAUGGCAAAAUAACAAAUGACAUAGUGACACCUGAAAGUUUUUGAAAUGCAAUAGAGGAAGUUUGCUAAAGUAGAGAAGUUGUAACUGAGUGUGCGGUCCAGAGGGAAAUGAGGAAGAUGUUGUCAGAUAAAAAAUGUCUCUGAAGUCAAAGGAGCUAUGUGUCUCGUAUGUGCCUCCUGUCCUUCUUACCUGCAAACUAAAGUUAACAAGGAUGAUGCAAGCUCAUGCCUAAAACUUGCACGAGCUGUUUUAAGGACAAAUUGCUGUUUUAAGGGAAUUGUGUAAAUCAAGCUUUUCCUGGUAGUUGUGUUUCGUCACAAGUUCAGGUGUUUCUAUGAGGGUAAUGGUAGCAUGUUGUUAGGCAGUUGACUUGUUUCCGCUGAACACAAAACAUCUUUAAAAGUAUGUGUUCGGCAUUUUUCUUGUUGCAAGUAUUGGCAGUGUAACAGGGUGCGGCUUUAUUCUCUUCUCGUGUAGCAAUGUAUUCCACUGUUGCCUCCAAUUGCCUUUAUAAUGCAUGGCCAGAUUAUAUAAUAUCACAACCAUAGCUGAAAGGUUACGUGCAUCAUAACUCAAAGUGAUGUGCUUUGGUACCAUAUGUAUAUCUCUGGGGCAGUCCUAGGCAGUUGAUGUGUUGUUACUCAAAUGAUGGUUUUUAAUGGUGAUGAGCAGGGAGAACUAGAUUAUGAUGGUUGCAGUUUCACCUUUUAGUGUCAUGAUUUAAUUCUGCUGCUCCAAGCCAGGUGCAGAUUUGUAUACAGGGACCCCGUUGCUCAAACAUACAGAGAUGGACAACUCAUGGGAUGGUAUGUUUAACAAAUGUUCUGACUUUCUGAUGUUAUUAGUUCAUCUGUCUCAGUGAUACAUCAGUUACAUUCUACUCAUUGUCCACUUGCCAGUUAUUACUGCAUCACGUCCUUGCUCAAUUUUAAGUAUAGUGUUAUAAGAAGGGCUGGGUAUUGCUUGCAAUUCUAGAGCAAUUACUGAUACAAAAAACAAUAGGAAUGUCAGUACCUUAGACAUGCAUUAAUUGAAUUUUUUGUCAUCUUUGUGGCAGCAUAAGAAACUGUAAACACCACAAUGACAUACUGUAUUAUCACCUUAUAAAGUUGAUAUGGCAAACAUGUUUGCAAAGAUUUGCCUUUUCAGACAUGUAGCAGACACAUUAUGUCAACAUUAGCAUUCAUUUGGAGUUAUGUUUCUCGCCACUUGGCAAAUGUAAGUCCACUACUUGCUGUCCUUUUAGCUCUGUUUUCAUCUCCUAUGAAUGUUCACAAGUUAGCUGCUGACUUUUUCGAUCUGCCGUUUGGUUCAGGGCAGGUAGUGUACAAUGAGUAUAUUUGAGCUUUUCUGCUGAAAACAGUGGCCUGCUGCGUCUGAAAACAAGGUUGAUGAGAGCGUCGACAGUGAACCAAAACAGGAAAGUUGCGGCCUGUAAAACCAAAACAAAGCGCUGAAAGAUGCUAAAAGGCUCUGUAGAGCAAAGAGGAAUUGCAGAUGUGAGUGAUAAUUCUCUGUGAGUUUGUCAUUAUGUACAACACCUUUGAUAUUACACCUAAUUAUUCAAUCCAUUGUUAUUAUAAAAAUGUGUUACAAAAAAUCUUUCAUAUAAAAAGUGUAGCUUUAACUGGUAGGAAUAUAAACGUUUUUUCUAUAAAAACCCAUCUUUAAAUUAAACAAACAUUUGUAGAA